UAGUACUAUACUCCAUAGCCAGUAAUUUGUCUUUACUCUUCCACUCUCCAUUCUCACAACAACUCCACUCUCACACAGCUUUAUUCCACAACUGUGCCCUCCCAUCACCACACACGAAAAACUCAUUAAAACAAUCGACAACACAAUCACAAAAACUCUCCACAUUUUUCAAUACUCAAGAACUCUCUACAAUGUCACCAAAGCUAGAGAAAUCUGAGAAGAUGAAAGGAAAAAAGUCGAAUGAGGCUGGAAAUGAAUCAACCAACCUUAACAACCAGCUUGCCUCUGUAGGAAAGAGUUUAAAUCGGAAUUGCAAUAGCCGCCGCAUUUUGAGAUCCUCUAUGAGGCUGGUUGAAACUGAAAAAUCAUUUUUGCGAGGAUGUUUAGAGCCUCAUUUGUCUUCUGCCUCUUCUGCCCCUGAUGGCAUCCAACAACGUGAUGUUCUAGCUCAAACCAUCAAUUCUGCAUGUCAAGAGAUUGAAAUUGUUGAAACUCCAAAAGUAGGUGGAGGAGGAGGAAUUGAGGAAGAAGAUGAGGCUGAAUGUUCACCGCCAUCACUUAGUCUCAAACUAAGUGAAAUGGUUGCCAUGGGAGGACAUGAUGAUGAUGAUUCCGAAACACAAAGCCGGCCUGAAGACAAUGAUAAUCCAUAUCAAGUGAAGCCGGAGUAUAUGGGGAUAUUACGAGAAAUCAUCACCAAGCAUGGAGAUAUUGCUAAGGAUUGUCAGGCAAAAUCAGUGAAAUAUCGUGCAAUGAUGUUGGAGAACAUCUGUGAAGUCAUAUCAGCUUUGGAUAACAAAGAUAUUACAAACUUGAAAGGAGUGGAAAACAUGAUUGAUCAAAUCAUGGACGUAAAAAUCAUGAAGGUGGAGGUUGAUUGGCUUCUCACGAGGCUAACUGAGAUACUUGAGGCAAGACAGGCUUUUAAGGACGGUAGCAAGCUAAAAGAGAAAACAGACAACAUUUCGGGAUUUAUUGAAAUUGCUAAAAGUGAAUUGAAAGAGUGUGAAGUUGAGAAGAAGGAAUUGUCACAGAAGCUUAAGGAAAUAUGUGAUAGAGAGGCUGAUUGGAAAGUGAGAUUGGAUAGAAUGCAAGAAGAGUCUGUUACAACAGCUCAAAAAGUCAAAGAUGUCACAUCUAAAGUUAAACGAUUUCUUAAGUGCUCCCUGAUCGAUGGUUUGCUCUAGAAUUGACAGUUAAGGGCCAACUUGAUAUUAUUAUAAAUGGAGGACUGCCUAAUGACAUAUAUGAGGGCCGCAACAAAUUUAUUGAAUUUGAUCUCAUUCAAAUGAAUUGGUUUAGGAACUUUAGCAUCAACAAGUGAUGAAUGGUCUCACUAUACUCUACUACUAUACAGGAAAAUCAUGGAGUAAGAAAGUCACUAAGUUUAAUUCUGUCUUGAUAUUUUAUUGUUGAUGGAAAGUCUAGUCUUACAAGUCUUUUGUUUUAUUAUUACAAAUAUGUCUCUGUGUUUUCUAAUAAUCAAUACACAGAUAAGCAAUUUUAAUUGUAUUGAAUAUUUUAAAGUUAAUUUGUUCAAGAUAUAUACGUAUA